CGAUAUUCUAAUUGACAAACAUAUUUUCGAAAGAAAUAAGGAAAAAAAAGAAAAUGUCACGUUACUGUUGUCGCGCCCAUCUGCAAUUCGUUUCCGAAUCACACUCUAAAACCAUUUCUUGCUCAACCCUUACCUCCACCAUUUUCCAAGUUUCAAACUUUCUUAGUCUGAUUCACUUUUUCCCCGAAUAUCCUCCACAGAAAUCUGAAUUCUGUGAAAAUCAGGUCAACGUUGUACUUGGGUUGUAAUCUCUACCUUUAUUGUCUGGGUAGUGAUGGUGGGCGAACGAGGAAUCGGCGAUGAUUCUCCGAUGAUAAAUGGAUCUGAGCCAGAGGCAGAGAGAGGAACUGCAGAAAUUGAAGAAAGAUUGGAGCUUUCUCAAGAGAAAGUGAGGGGUUUUGAACACCCCAGAGAAAGAAAUGAAAAAGAUGAUGGACAUGUUGUGAUUGGCGAUGUGCAGAAAACGCUUGAUCAUAAUGCAACUGCCGGUGCUUCCAGUGAUGGUGUUAACAGUGACACUGCUGCUGCGAGUUUUGGUAAACCCAACAGAGAGGGCUCUUUUAAGACGGGAGGGAAGGAAAAUUCGGUUUGUGCAGUAAAGAUGAAAAGAUUUGGCUUUGAUGUAAACGUAGCGGAUGUUUCUAGCUCGGUGAAUCCCGAUCCUUCUUAUCAUUGCAACACUAUAGAAAAGGUGAAAUCAGUUGACGAUUUCGAGUGUGCGAGUUUUGUGGGCCCGUUGGAGGAGAGAGCUCCAUUGAGAGCGUGGAGUGAGACGAAAAAGAAUGCUUCUCUUCCAUAUUCUCGUGGAGUACCAAAGCCAUGUGUGCGGAAGAUUAAAAACGAGAGGAUGAAGAAAAAGAUCGAGCUUGCCAAGAAAGAACAAGCGGACAAGUUCGCUAAAGUUGCUGCUCCCACAGGGUUGCUAAACGGUUUGAACCCCGGGAUCAUAAACCACGUAAGAAACGGUAAGCAGGUUUAUUCUAUUAUAGAAGCCCUCGUUAGAUCCGAAAAGCACGACAAUUGUCCUGCUGGAGAGAAACACGGGAACCAAAUGAAGAGUGGAGAAAGAAAGGAUCUUGAAAAUAUCGGUGGUUACUCGGCAUUGCCAAAUGAUUUAGACGGGAAUGGUAAGUCAUGUAUGGUCGAGACAAGGGUUUUCGAAAGGACGAAUUAUCACUUGAACUCCACGACAAACGGUAAUGAUGGCGUAAAUGCAUCGAAGCUGCCGUCAGACACAAACAUCAUGUCUUGUGAUGCAUCAGCUAGUGUUACCGCACUCUCCAUUAAAGCUGCUAACGUCGCUUCACAAUGGUUGGAAUUGCUUAAUCAAGACACUAAAGGACGUCUUGCGGCAUUGCGAAGCAGUAGAAAGAGGGUCCGGGAGGUUAUUCAGACGAAAUUCCCGGGCCUAAUUUCGAGGGAAUUCUCUUGUAAUCCACAAGAUUCUGGUGCCGGGCAAUUUGAACAAGCUACUGCUAGUGCGCAUCAUGCUAGAUGGAUCGCAAUGUUCGAUCAGAUGGAGAAAACUCUUUCCGAGGAAGAGAGUCAGCUGGUAAGCUGGCGCAAACAAGUCCAGGAAAUGCAGUUGCAAUGCGAAUGGGGCCUUACCAAAUACAACGGGCCAUAUGGUUCGCCUCAACCUUCUGCACUACAUAACGACGACAGAUCGGAGACUGAUCCAGAGCGGGAUUUGGCUGUCAGAGCUGCUGCAGCUUCGAUUUAUUCGACCUGCAACUUUCUGGCAUCAACUGAAAACCUACCCUGUUGCUGAUCAUUCUAACCACUGCAACUCACGAACACGCCAAUAUUUAUUCCAUAUUUAUCCACUUUCGAGUUCUUCCUUCCAUCGAUCCUCUCUCGUUUUCAUGAACACUAGCCAUUUCGCCCUUUUUCUCAUGGCUGAAGUGAUUGCUAUUAGUAAUAAGUAGCUGAAGUUGUUUCUCACUGAAAGUGAUAAGAAUUUGCAAUAAAUGUAUAUAUACUGCUAGAGUUGUCAUGUGUUAUUUCA